UUACUAUUUUCUUCUGCGUGUAUAAUUACAAGACAGUUUAUCUGCAAUGUUUUUAAUUAUAUAAUGACCGUACUCGGUCAUUCAUUUGUAAUCGCAAUUGCUGCGAAGAUCCGCUUUGCCUUUGUGUCCGUCUUUUCCUCUAAAGUAAAUAUUUUUUCAGUUUUCAUGAAAACAACAUCAAAUCGUGUUAAGCUGUGCAGGGGUGCUGAAUGCUUGAAGAAUAGAUUUUUCAUCUGUUAUUUCCCUGUUAUAUUCACCUAUGUGUGGUGGGUAUCGCAUGUUUAUCUCUUUUAUGCCGUAUUUUUCACUCCAAGGCUAGCAAAUGGAACCAUCAAUUACAGUGAUUGGAUAACCCUUGUCUGCUAUCCAUCUUACGGCAUAGUUUCAAUGCUAUGUCUAGUCUCUUUAACUCGAUGUGUUUUCACUCCGCCAGGUGUUGUUGAUUACGGAUUCGAUGAAAUGAUAACUGAAACGGGACACAAGACGUUUUGUGACUACUGUGAAUUGGCGAGACCAAGAAGAGCUCAUCAUUGCAAAUAUUGUGGAGUCUGUGUAAGAAAAUACGACCACCACUGUCCGUGGAUAAACAACUGCGUCGGUGAAGACAACAUGUGGCUGUUUGUUCUACUCAGUUUCUAUGCUUCCUGGCAGACUGCAAUUACACUGUGCAUUAAUCUGUACUACUUUUACUACAAAUUGUAUGCAGUUGAAGUGGACGCUACAGCUGAUAGAGGUGAUAGUGCAAUGGACCCGUUCUUUAUACGACAUGAGUUCUGGGUGUUUGUAAUUGACUUGCCUUUGACUGGUGUCUUUUUCGUACUGAUGACCAGCAGUUUCCUCAUGAAUGUCAUUUUCGUCAGGUCAGACACCACCAAGUUUCAGUCAGUUGUCGACCCAUUAUACGCCGACAACUUUAAAACAAUCAAGCUCACCCCUUGUGUUCCGGCUAUGACACAUCUAUUUGGAACUCGAAGGGUGUUGAAGUGGCUUCUGAUGCCUCUGGGCAGACAUAGAGUGGUACCUAAACUAAUCUACGAGUACCCAAAAGGCAGAGAACCGAAUGUACUCUGAAUACUAACAAUCUUUCUAAAUUAAAGCCAAGCUAAUGCCAAAAUUGCCGGCUCAUUUCCAGUGUCCCACCGCUUUGUAAAACUACAUCAUUGAGUUGUAUCAAAAUGACGGAACUGCACUUUGAAUGCAAUAAAGGGUUCACUUUUGGUCAAUGACAUGUUUUAUUGUAAAUGUAAUGACAUGUUUCAAUGACGUGUUUUAUUAUGUCUGUAAUUGUUUUUAAUUACAUUUCAGAAAUUGUGUUUUUGCAAAAAUGAAUCUAAUGCGGGUGGGGACUGUAAGCGAGCCUAAUUGCCAAAAGCCUCUGGGUCCAAGCCUCUGUGAGACAAAAUUAUCUUAGAGUAAAAAUCGUCCCAAUUUCAGCACAGGUACAAAAAGCAGCACUAUGGAAAAGCAAUAAGUCUGCAUUGAGGAAACAGUGCUUAUAUGAAGUGUUUUACAGACGUGCUAAGCGGGAGAAAUAAUUUGUAUGGGCUUGUUAUGCCGACUUUACCUUAAGUGUGGUAAUUUAUUCUGGGAUGAUUUUGUCUUGGAUGAAUUUGACCUUUUACAGCUAAGUUUUUUAAUUCGACGAAUGUAUCAAAAAUUUUCUGCACAUAAAUACAUUUUUGCUGCAUCAUUCGCUUUUAGCGCAUCCAUGUGCAGUUCUCCCAUCUACGUUUUAAAAAGCGUUAGGAGCAAUAACUAUGCUUUAGUAUCAGUAAUUCAUCUUCCAAUAUUUUGAAAUACUUUGAAUAAAAAACUAUUUUGUUUUCUUGUUCCAAUUUGUCCUUUCUAAUAUGUAAAUAAAUGAUUUCUCUCCCAAUUGUACAUAAAAACUUCUUUAUGUAAAAAUCUAAUAUCCAAUGUUCUAGUGAUUCAAAAUGCUGCUGAUUGAUUCACACAAACUUAGAGUUUGCGUAACAUUUGAAUUAAUACCAAAUCCAGGAGACCGUUUUCUAUGCCUCAUAAUUGUGCCUAACACCUAACACUUUUAGUGUCUUCAAAUUAAAUAACCAAAUUUUAUAAAAUGAUUAUUAUAGAGAUAAAUAAAUUGAAAAUCGACUUUGUUAAAUUGCAAUAAUUUUGAACA